AAUAAACUCCCAUUUCUGUCCCUCACUCUCUCCUCUUCUUUUUCUAUGUUCCUUCGCCUGAUUUUCUUCCUCUGCUUGAUGAUCGUCAUCAAUUCUCCGAUAUUGAUUCAGAAUCCGGAAAUGGUGUCCAAGAUCAUCAAGCGAACCCCACCAAAGUCCGUCAAGCGCCAGAAACGCCGGUCCCAUAGCCACCAUCAUCACCGGAGAAAGUCGUCGACUUUGUCCAAAAAGACCGCCUCGGUCUCUUUGCUUUCGUCCAUUAACAAGUCUUUUCUUACCUGUCGCCGCCGCCUUGUCAAGCUUUUUGACAAAUUGUCCCGCUUGGCAACCCCUAAACGGAGCCACAGGGGAUUCAGGAUUCUUACCCAGGAAGAAAUAGAGUUUGAUCCUGAGCCUCGACCGGAGUUGGUUCUCGAAUUGGAACCCAGCUUGGUUGUGCCUCGAGCUCUUCUCUUCGACGACGUCGAUCAAUUCCGGCUUCCUCCUUUGGUUUCGGAGAAACAGAGGACUAUCUUUCUUGAUCUGGACGAGACCUUGGUGCAUUCAUCCCAAGACCCACCUCAAAAGAUGUAUGAUUUCGUGGUUAAGCCUGUCAUUGAAGGUCAGAUUAUGAAUUUCUACGUCCUGAAGCGGCCCGGGGUCGAUAAAUUCUUGGAGGAAAUCAGCAAAAAGUAUGAAGUGGUGGUUUUCACGGCAGGGCUGAAGCAGUACGCGUCGCUGGUGCUGGAUGCUCUUGAUCCAAAAGGGCUAAUUUCACACCGGCUUUACAGAGAUUCAUGCCGGUGCGUGGAAGGAAGGUACGUUAAGGACUUAUCGGAGAUGGGGAGGGACAUGAGGAGGGUGGUAAUCGUCGACGACAACCCCAAUUCGUACUCUCUGCAGCCGGAAAAUGCGAUUCCAAUAAUUCCGUUUCUGGAUGAUGUCAAUGACAGGGAGUUGGAGAAGCUGGUGGGGUUUUUUCAACGGUGUGAUCGGUUUGAUGACAUGAGAGAUGCAGUGAAGCAGUAUCUUGGUGGCGGUAGUAAUGGCGGCGUCGACGGCGGUGUUUACAGUUUGGCGGAGAGGGAGCAAUGAUAAUAUUCAUUUGUGUUUCACAAUUGUUUGUUGUCGGUAAUUUUUUUCAUUUUCCUUUUUCAUUUUUUUGUGUGGACGUUUGUUUUCUAUACACAUUUUUUUGCCUUUCAGUCUUUUUUUUUUCUUUUUUUUUUCUUGUUCAAAUACUUCAAAUACAUUUGAACAAUAAAU